CACUGCUCUAGUGCUCACGUUCUCCACUUUCUGCUUAAAAAUAUUUAAGAAAAAAUUGGCAAAAUCUCGAGCAAGUACCACGAUGAGCGAGGAAUUCAAACUGCCCAAGCGCUCCCGCAAACGCACCCGCGACGUUAAGCGCAAGGCCAGGCCAGAGCUGGACGGAGAAAACGCGUGGAUGGCGAUGCGGUACUAUGAAAACUUCGAGCCAUUCUGGGAUUUUGCAGAUAAUCUGGAACGAAUUGAUGAUGCGGCGGUGUCGUGUGACGAAUUUAUAGAACGCUUUGAGCGGCCCUACAAGCCGGUGGUGAUACAGGGAUGCACUGAUGGCUGGAUGGCUCUGGAGAAGUGGACGAUGUCGCGGCUGGCCAAGAAGUACAGGAACCAGAAGUUCAAGUGCGGCGAGGACAACGAAGGCUACAGCGUCAAAAUGAAGAUGAAAUACUACGUCGAAUACAUGCAAGGGACGCGCGACGACAGUCCGCUCUACAUCUUCGACAGCAGCUUUGGGGAGCACCAUCGCAGGAAGAAGCUGCUCGACGACUACGUGGUGCCAAAGUACUUUCGAGAUGAUCUUUUCCAGUACUGCGGUGAGAAUCGUAGGCCGCCCUACCGAUGGUUUGUGAUGGGUCCCUCCCGCUCCGGCACUGGCAUCCACAUCGAUCCACUGGGAACCAGCGCUUGGAAUACGCUCAUUCGUGGUCACAAGCGAUGGUGCCUGUUCCCCACACAAACGCCCAAGGACUUGCUCAAGGUGACCAGCGCCAUGGGCGGCAAACAGCGUGACGAGGCCAUCACGUGGUUCAGCACCAUCUACCCGCGCACCAAGCUACCCUCCUGGCCGGAGCAAUACAAGCCCAUCGAGGUGCUGCAGGGCGAGGGCGACACUGUAUUCGUGCCGGGCGGCUGGUGGCAUGUGGUCCUCAAUCUGGACGACACCAUUGCAAUCACCCAGAACUUCAGCUCGAAGACCAACUUCCCGUGUGUCUGGCACAAGACCGUUCGGGGCCGGCCGAAGCUGUCGCGGAAGUGGUUGCGUGUGCUGCGCGAGCAGCGCCCAGAGCUAGCGCAAAUCGCCGAAAGUAUUAAUAUAAACGAGAGCACCGGCUUUGCUUCGGAUAGUUCUAGUAAUUCAAGCUCCUCCUCGUCGUCGUCAUCCUCAUCGUCGUCGGAGAGCGACGCAGAAGCCGACUCCAAUACGGACAGCGGACAAGAGAGUCUCACCGCCAAAAAGAAGAAGAAGCGACGCAUGGGCGGUGGCGGCUCCUCCAUGGGCUCCAUGCGCUCCUGAUGCACGGAGCGGACCAAGCGCAAAUGCUUGCUCAUGCGACUCUUUCACCGGCAGCUGAUGCUCUGUCGGCGGCGUCCAUGCUGCCGUCACAGCUAGCACUAGAUGAUCAUCCAUCACCUGCAGCCCCAAUCAACACUUGAAUAUUUUAUUAGAUUUUUCUACAUAGACAAAACGAACAACAGUCCCGCAGGCAAGGGCUCCACAGCCCGUGACAUCUUUGAUUAAGCGUGCCUCCCUUUCGCUUGAUUUAAAUAUUGUAUGUGUAUGCUAUUAAUUGACUCAUUAGCUUAAUCCUUAAAAGUGGCAUGAAAUAAACUCAGUAAUAUAUUUGUAAAAAA